CUUACCGUUCUGAGCCUGCGUGUCAGAAAUCAAAAUGUCGGCGCUCAAGAGAAAACGUGGAGGAAAGGGUCCAGGUGGAAAAGCAAAGAAAGUGAAAUUAGUAGAAAAUGGAAAUAAACCCCAAACUACAGAGAUGGAGCAGAACAAGGAAAUCACCGUCCCAGCACCCGUGUCAAUGGGUAAGUGGAGAAACAAAGAGCGAGUUCUUGUAUUCUCUUCAAGGGGCAUCAACUUCAGAACACGACAUUUGAUGCAGGACCUCAGGACAAUGAUGCCACACUCGAAAGCAGACACAAAAAUGGACAGAAAGGACAAACUCUUCGUCAUAAACGAGGUGUGUGAAAUCAAGAACUGCAACAAAUGCUUAUUCUUUGAAGCAAAGAAGAAGCAGGAUCUCUAUAUGUGGGUUGCAAAUGUUCCCCACGGACCAUCUGCAAAGUUCUUGGUCCAGAAUGUCCACACACUCGCCGAACUCAAAAUGACAGGGAACUGUCUGAAGGGAUCCAGACCACUGCUGUCGUUUGAUCCUCAAUUUGACACGGAGCCUCAUUAUGCACUGCUGAAGGAGCUCUUUAUCCAGACUUUUUCAACUCCCCAGUACCACCCCAGGAGCCAGCCCUUUGUGGACCAUGUCUUCACAUUCACCAUAACAGACAACAGGAUAUGGUUCAGAAACUAUCAGAUCAUUGAGGAAGAUGCAUCGAUGGUAGAAAUUGGACCUCGCUUCGUCCUGAACCUCAUCAAAAUAUUCCAGGGGAGCUUCGGCGGCCCCACACUCUUUGAGAACCCACACUUCGAGUCUCCGAACGCGCACCGGCGUGUGAUCCGCAUGGCCACCGCCUCCAGGCUGAGGGAGAAACAGAUGGUCAAGGAGCUCCAGAAGCUGAAGAGGGUGGAGAACAAGGAGGCGGUGACCAGGGACGUGACCGAUGACGUGUUUGCCACGCCGGCUGAGGAGAGGCCAGUCCACAUUGAGCUGGAGGCUCCUGCAGCUAAAGUAGUGAAGAAGAACAAACACAAGGCUUUCAAACGACAGAGGAAGCAGACGCGUUAGGCUAGAGACUGGUUGGUUUGCUGGGUCUUCUCGAAGUCAUCUGGAAAGGCUAGAGACUGGUUGGUUUGUUGGGUCUUCUAGAAGUCAUCUGGAAAGGCUAGAGACUGGUUGCUUUGUUGGGUCUUCUAGAAGUCAUCUGGAAAGGGAUUACAUUGGUUCUUUCUCAAUUUGUCUUUCCUCAAUUCCAUGUCUUUUUUAAUUUUCAAAACUCAAAACGAGAAGUUUGAAGGGAGUGACCUAGAAUCUUCUCCAGUGCGUUUUAGAAGGAAUCGGGAAAAGACAAAUUAGGACAUUUGUUUGGCCGUAAACUGUGAGGAUCAAGUCGACCAUCAAGUCUGCAGCCUGUGAAGGGCCAUCUCAGAAUACGUUGUUUAUGUGUUGAAUGUUUUGUUUCAGCUGCACACAAAAAAGUACUAAAGCAACUUUGUAACUUCUGUUGUGCUCCAGCUUUUCUUACAGUUCUGAAAUAAAGUCUCGGUUUUAGUGUUUA